AUGGCUGAGAGUGACUGGGACGCGCGACGGUGCUGCGCAAAAAGGGUCCCCACGGCCGCCCAGGCCACGUCCAAGCAGGCCAUCUUAGCAGCUCAGAGACGAGGAGAGGAUGUGGAGACUUCCAAGAAAUGGGCCGCCGGCCAGAACAAACAGCAUUGGAUCACCAAGAACACAGCAAAGCUGGACCGGGAGACUGAGGAGCUGCACCACGACCGGGUGACCCUGGAGGUGGGCAAGGUGGUCCAGCAGGACCGGCAGAGCAAAGGGUUGACACAGAAGGGCCAGGCGACGAAAAUCAACGAAAAGCCACAGGUCAUCGCGGACUAUGAGGGUGGCCGGGCCAUUCCUAUCAACCAGGUUCUGGGCAAGAUCGAGAGAGCCAUCGGCCUCAAGCUCUGGGGGAAAGCCAUUGGGAAGCCGAUCGCGAAGGGGCCGCGGGCGAAAUGA